CUUCGCAGGAAGUGAAGGGCAGACUCCUUCCGGUAGUGCGUAAGCCCGAGCGGAGCCGAGACCCAGCGGAGCCUGAAUCCCGACACGACAAGAUGGCCGGGCUGCCCCGCAGGAUCAUCAAGCUACUGGUGGUUUAUACCUGAGCCCUUACAAGGUCCCAGUUUCAGAAACAUUUCCAUUCUGGCAAGAUGCCCCUGCAAAAAUAAACAUGCCAGCAGAAGAUGACCUUUCCUAAGAAGAGUAGCUGUAAAGUGAUGAAAUCUGAGUUGAACUGUGCAGCAACCCUCCAAACGACUGCUUGAAGUGUCGUUCACUUCGUGUGCUAGUAUGGCCGUAGCAUCCAGAAGGGCUGUGUUCAGUACCAUGGGAACAUAUUUCAAAGCAUUCACCAGGCAGUCUCUGGUAUCUGACUCAGCUGUGUAUUGUUCUUGCCACAAAUCUACAUAUUCAGCUCUUCCGGAUGACUACAAUUGCAAAGUGGAACUUGCUGUGACAUCAGAUGGAAAGACCAUUGUUUGUUAUCACCCUUCUUUGGACAUUCCAUAUGAGCACACAAGAUCAAUUCCGCGGCUAGAUCCAGUGGAUUUUAAGGAAGAGACACAUGACCAAGUGCUGAAAUCUAAGUUGGAUGUAAAAGAACUCAAGAACAAGAAAGGUCCUACAAUGGAAGAACUUAGUAAAAUGUUUUAUACAACAAAACAUCGCUGGUAUCCAGUGGGACAGUACCAUACUAGACGCAAGAAAACCAAUACUCCCAAAGACAGGUGAACAGGAGAGAGUCCCUCUUUAUCGUUCCUGUCAUUGAAGAUAAUCCCUGAACAGAUGGGAUGUAUAUAUAUGGUCAUUAAAAUGCUUUUUCUGUCUAAAU